GACGUCAUUUUUAAAGUCUGCCAUUUUGAAUACAAAUUAGGGAGUCACCCAUCGCAAAUCUGAGCGAGUAAAGAGGACUUUCUCCUACAAUUUCUUCCGGUAAGGCGAAUUUUGUUGCUUUUUUAAGAAAGAUUAAAGUGGUUAUAACCAGCCAGCCACAAUGGCGGCCAAGAUUUCCUUGAAGAUCAACAUUGUGGCUGCCAACAGCACCAAGACGAUGCAGUUUGAUCCCACGGCGCUCGUCUUCGAUGUGUGCCGCAGCAUACGGGACAAGAACCCCGAAGCGGCCGCGUUGCUUGGCCAACCCAACGAGUAUGGACUGUUCCUUGCCGAUGAAGAUCCCAAGAAAGGGGUGUGGCUAGAGUCAGGAAAGACGCUGGAGCAUUAUCUCCUCCGGCAAGGGGAUUUGUUGGAGUAUCGCAAGAAGAUUCGUCCCCUGAAGGUGAAGAUGCUGGAUGGCUCCAAGAAAACAUUGCUGAUUGAUGACAGCAACACAGUCAGCCAGAUGUUGGUCACCAUAUGCACCCGACUCGGUGUGACAAACUACGAUGAGUACUCCCUUUGCCGCGACGUGCUGGACGAUGAGAAGAAAGACGGCACCAUCAACCGGUCAACCCUCAAGAAAGAGAAAGGCUCUUCAUCUAUACUCCGAGAUGAGAAAAAGAUGGAAACGCUGAAAAGGAAGCUGCACACGGAUGAUGAAUUGAACUGGCUGGAUCACACAAGGACUCUGAGGGAACAGGGCGUGGAGGAGUUUGAAAUGCUCGUCUUCCGACGAAAAUACUUCUACUCCGACCAGAAUGUGGACAAGAGGGAUCCCGUACAACUCAACUUGCUCUAUGUGCAGUCUCGAGAUGCCAUCAUCAACGGCACCCACCCUUGCUCCUAUGAGGAGGCUCUCCAUCUCGCUGGCACCCAGAUGCAGAUUCACUACGGCGACCAUGACCCCAACAGACACAAGCUUGGCUUCCUUGAGCUGAAAGACUUCCUCCCUAGAGAGUAUGUGAAACUCAAAGGGGCAGAAAAGAGGAUCUUUGGUGAACACGCUAAGCUGAUUGGCGUUAGCGAGCUAGACUCCAAGGUGCGCUACACCCAGCUCUGCCGCUCCCUCAAGACGUACGGCAUCACCUUCUUCCUUGUCAAGGAAAAAAUGAAGGGUAAGAAUAAGUUGGUCCCGCGGUUGAUGGGCGUCACUAAGGAGAGCGUGCUGCGCGUGGAUGAGAAGACCAAAGAGAUCAUGAAAACCUGGCUGUUGACCACAGUCCGUCGCUGGGCUGCAUCCCCCAACAGUUUCACCCUGGACUUCGGCGACUACUCGGAGUCCUACUACUCUGUGCAGACCAAAGAAGGCGAAGCCAUCGGUGCCCUGAUUGCAGGCUACAUCGACAUCAUCCUCAAAAAGCAAAAAGGCAAAGAUCGUAUGGGUCUGGAAGGGGAGGAGGAAUCCACCCUUCUUGAGGACAGCGUGUCGCCGGCCAAGGCAACCUUCAUGCAGCAUCAGACCAACAGGCCAGGCCAUGCGUCGGAGGGCUCAGUGGCCCUGCCGGCAGUCAUGAGAGCUGGUGGCUCGGCUGGCACGUACACUACAGGAGAGAUGCAGCCCCCACAGCAUGCUGUCACUAAAGGCCAAGCCAACAUGGCCCACACCGCACCCAUGCCCAAUCAAGCCCGCCAGCCCGGAAUGACCACAGCCCAGCAGGCUCUACAAGGCAACGUGGAGAGAGGCUUCACUGCUGUGGAUGCCGCCCAGAACGACCUGAUGACCAAGGCCGAGCUACCCCCACUGGGAACUGAUCCUGCUUCCAAGCAGUGGCGCCAGAACACCAUCGACGUGAACAAGCAGAACAUCCAAUCACAGCUGAGCGCCAUGUCUGCUGCCACCGCUGGCAUCAUCAGCCAAACGUCCGGCGACCCGUCCGAUACCGACUACACAUCUGUGGGUUCUCAUAUCACCACCAUCUCAUCUAACCUGACAGAGAUGACCAAGGGCGUCAAGAUGCUGGCCGCCUUGCUCGGUGAGGAAGGAGACGGUAACAGCAUCCUGGAUGCGGCCCGGGGCCUGAUGGGUGCCUUCUCGGACCUCCUCAAGUAUGCCCAGCCUGAGAACCAGGAGCCUCGUCAGAAUCUACUGAGUGCAGCUAACAGAGUCGGUGAAGCCCAGAAUGCCUUACUCAGGAGUAUUGGCUCAACGGGCGACAUGGACCCCAAAUUCCAGGAUCUGCUGCUAGGAUUGGCCAAGGCCGUCGCCAACGCAACAGCGGCCCUAGUCCUGAAGGCUAAGAAUGUUGCCAGUACCACAGAGGACCAAGCAUUGCAGAACAAGGUCAUCGGCUCGGCCACGCAGUGCGCCCUCAACACCUCCCAGCUCGUGGCUUGCACCAAGGUUGUAGCUCCUACCAUCAGCAGUCCGGCCUGCCAGGAGCAGCUGGUGGAGGCAGCCAAGCUGGUGGCCCAGUCAGUGGAAGCUGUCGUGGACUCCUCUAAGAAUGCGACAGAGGACGAGAACCUCCUGCGGGACCUGGGCGAGGCUGCCACAGCCGUCACCAAAGCCCUCAACGACCUCCUCCAGCACGUCAAGCAAGGUACGGCCGCCGCGGGCCGGCCCACCACCCUGUACGACGACGCCUGCGACAAGAUCAUGACGGCCACGGAGAAGCUGUUCAGCAGCGUGGGCAACGCCGCCGAGAUGGUCAAGCAGGCCAAGAUACUGGCCAUGGCCACUUCACAUCUGGUCAAUGCCAUCAAGGGCGACGCGGAGGCCGUGACGGAGAGUGACUCCCAGAAGCGUCUUCUCGGCGCGGCCAAGCAGCUGGCUGACGCCACGGGCAAGAUGGUGGAGGCUGCCAAGGCCUGCGCCAGUAGUCCCCAUGACGAGUCCCAGCAGCAGAGGCUGAAGCAGGCUGCUGAGGAUCUGCGCACGGCUACCAACGCUGCCGCCAACAACGCCCUCAAGAAGAAGAUCUUGCAGCGAUUGGAGAAUGCCGCUAAGCAGGCUGCGGCCACAGCCACCCAGACCAUCGCAGCGUCCCAGGGUGCCAAGGACUCCACCAAGAACCCCAGCACACAGCAGCACUUGGUGGACGAAUGCAAGAUCGUGGCUGAGCACAUCCCCAAGUUAGUGCAAGGCGUGCGUGAUUACAUGCGGCAGCCAGACAAUCUCAGCGUUCAACUGGCGCUGAUCAACGCCAGUCAGCAUUUCAUCCAGCCUGGUACUGAUCUGAUCUCGGCCAGCAGGGCUGCCAUACCCACCGUUGAAGACAAAGCCGCUGCCUUGCAGCUGGCCAACUGCACGAAGAACAUGGCCACAUCCCUGGCAGAUCUUAGAUCUGCUGCUAACAAGGCCCAAGAGGCGUGCGGUGCGCAAGAGAUCGACAACGCCCUGGACAUGAUCAAGGCCUUGGAGGACCAGUUGGACGUGAUAAGACAGACGGCGGACAACAAUAAACUCACGCCCCUGCCUGGCGAAUCGCCGGAGUCGUGCGCCACCCAGCUGGGCACGACAUCCAAGAACGUGGGGGCAUCCAUGGCCCAGCUGCUGACUGCCGCCUCCCAGGCUAACGAGACCUACACCGGCAUGGCUGCGAGAGAGACGGCCAACUCCCUGCAGAACCUGACGGGCGCGGUCAGGGGCGUGGCCGCAACUACACAGGAGAAGCCAGCGAGAGAUAACAUGAUCGACCGGGCCAAGGAUGUCCUGGACAAGUCCGCCAGUCUCCUGGAAGAGGCCAAGAAGGCCCUAGCAGAUCCUAACAAUCCGGACAACCAGCAGCGACUUGCACAGGUUGCCAAGGCAGUGUCGCAUGCCCUCAACGGCUGUGUGAGCUGUCUGCCCGGCCAGCGCGACGUGGACAAGGCCAUCAAGUCCGUGGUAGAGGCCAGCAAGGGGCUCAUGUCCGGCAAGCUUAUCCGAUUGGCUCGUGAGCAACAUGAACAAAGUGCAAGGCUGACCGAGGUCUUUGAGCAGUUCUCUUAUACCUCAGAGUUCAUCAGCGAGGCCAUACUGGCAUCCCAAGACCAGGAUGUGGCAUUGUCGUCUCGUCUGCCCGUGGGUGAUGCUAGGAACUACCAGGAACACCAGAAUGCCCUGAACAAGGCCGCCCAGGGACUGAACGUGGCCGCCAGCGAGCUGGUCACCUCGUCCAGGGGAACCCCACAAGAGCUGGCCAGUGCAGCCAAUACCUUCAGCAAGGACUUCGACGAUCUGAUGAAGUCUGGGAUGGGCAUGGCCGGCGCCGCACCGACACCAAAGUGGUCCCCCAAGCCUGUGUAUACAUCCUCGAGUAAGGAGGCCCAAGGGGAGAUGGUGGGCAGUCUCAAGACCAUCUCGGUCACCUCCAGCAAGCUGCUGCUGGUUGUCAAGGCGAUGUCGGCCGAUCCCAACGCGCCUAACGCCAAGAACCUUCUAGCUGCUGCAGCCAGAGGUGUUACGGAGAGCAUCAACAACCUGAUUGACACCUUCAUGCAAGCCGCGCCGGGCCAGAAGGAGUGCGACAACUCCUUGCGCAACAUCCAGACCAUGAAGAACAUCUUGGACAACAUCAACGAGCCCAUCAACGACUGGACCUACUUUGACUGCCUGCAGGGCGUCAUGGAAAAAUCCAAGGAUCUUGGUGAGAGCAUGGGUGGCAUCACUCAGAAUGCCAAGAACGGCCAGCUGGAGGAGUUUGGACGGAACGUGGAGGCCGCCGGUGCAGCCGUCUGUGGAUUGACAGAAGCUGCAGCUCAGUCCGCCUACCUAGUGGGUAUCGCAGACCCCUCCAGUGUGGCAGGCCGACCCGGUCUGGUCGACCAGUCCCAGUUUGCCCGCGCCCACCAGGCCAUCCAAGCCGCCUGCAACAGCCUUCUCAACCCAGAGAGCAGCCAGCAACAGGUUUUGGCCGCAGCCACUGAGGUGGCCAAGCACACGUCGGCGCUGUGCAACAUCUGUCGCGUGGCCUCGUCCAAGACCAGCAACCCGGUGGCCAAGAAACACUUUGUGCAAUCGGCCAAGGACGUGGCCAACAGCACCGCCAAUCUGGUCAAGAGCAUCAAGGCUCUGGAUGGUAACUUCAGCGAUGAGAACCGACAGAAGUGUGCCGCCAGCACCAAGCCCCUGCUGGAGGCCGUGGAGAACCUCGUCACCUUUGCCUCCUCGCCAGAAUUCUCCAGCGUGCCGGCCAAGAUCACUCCUCAGGCUCGUCAGGCCAUGGAGCCCAUCAUCUCAGCCGGCAAGAUGAUGAUCGCCAGCUCCUGUGCCUUGAUCCAGACUGCCAAGCCGCUGGCUCUCAACCCCAAGGACCCGCCCACCUGGCAACAGCUGGCCAAUCACUCCAAGGACGUCUCCGACUCCAUCAAGAAACUUGUGUCUUCCAUCAGGGACCGUGCCCCUGGCCAGCUAGAAUGCGAUAACGCCAUAGAGCAGGUUAACCAGUCUAUGAGGGAUCUGGACCAAGCCUCCCUUGCUGCUAUGAGCCAGAGUCUUCCACCGCAUGAGGGCGCUACUCUCAAGAGCUUCACUGAACAGAUGGCCAACAGCGCCGUGGAACUCAAGUACCAGAUUGACGAAGUUGCCACCGCCUCCAAGGGACAGGCAGAGAAACUGGGACAUGCUGUGUCUUCCAUGGCCAACUACUUUGACCCGUUGACGCGCAGCGCCAUCGGUGCCGCCUCCAAGACCCACAACUCCCAGCGGCAGAUGGCCGUCCUGGACCUGACUAAGACGGUGGCAGAGUCCGGAUUGCAGCUGCUGUACGCAGCCAAGGAAGGUGGUGGAAAUCCAAAGGCUGUCCACACCCACUCAGCCAUCGAUGAAGCAGCGCAGGGCAUGAAGGAAGCCGUGGACGAUCUGAACACUAUGCUGGAGGAAGCAGCCAGUGAGUUUGGCAUCGUCUCAGGAAUGGUGGAUACCAUCUCCAAAGCCAUCCUGAAGACUGACGAUACCAUUCCCGAGAAUGAAGCAGGCGAGUUUGUGGACUACCAGACGAGCAUGGUGAAAUCCUGCAAGGCCAUCAUCAAGACCUCGCACGACAUGCUUGCAGUGAGCAAGAGGAAUGUCUCCAAGGCCAACAGCAACGUGGGCGAGCUGGGCACGCUGGCCAACAACCUCUCCCACGAGUACUCCAAGCUGGCCGAGGACUCCCGGGGUGCCAUGGCCUCCACCAACCCGGAGGUAGGUCCGCGCUACGAGGUGGCACAGAGGAUCAAGUCGGCGGUGGACAAUCUGGGCAACGCCAGCAUCGAGCUUGUCAAGAACGCCGGCACGGUGCAGUGCAGCCCCACGGAUAACAUGGCCAAGAAAGAUCUGCUGGACAACGCACGCUCCGUGGUUGAGAAGUGUAACUUUGUGAUGGCAGCCCUGCAAGCCGGUUCUAGCGGCACGCAGGCCUGCAUCAAUGCAGCCAGUACAGUCUCCGGCAUCAUUGGUGAUCUGGAUACUACCAUUAUGUUUGCAUCAGCUGGUACACUAAGCGCCGAGCCAGAGGGUGGAUCAUUUGCUGAUCACAGGGAGAGCAUCUUGAAGACAGCCAAGGCUCUGGUUGAGGACACUAAGACCCUGGUCACCGGUGCGGCAUCCACCCAGGAACAGCUGGCAAACGCCGCCCAGUCUGCAGUCUCAACCAUCACCAAGCUGGCUGAUGUGGUCAAGCUAGGGGCUGCCACACUGGGUGGGGAUGACCCUGACGGACAGGUGUUGCUGAUCAACGCUGUGAAGGAUGUUGCCUCAGCCCUGGGUGAUCUAAUCUCCGCCACCAAGAGUGCGUCAGGGAAGGGAGUGGACGACCCUACGGUGGGAAACCUCAAGAGCUCUGCCAAGGUCAUGGUCACCAACGUGACGUCCCUCCUCAAGACAGUCAAGAGCGUAGAGGACGAGGCGUGUAGAGGAACCCGAGCCUUGGAAGCAACCAUCGAUGCCAUCACCCAGGAAGCCAAGAUUCUUGACAACCCGUCUCUUGGCGACCGCCGUGCCACGCCGGAGCAGCUCAUCCGUAGCACCAAGGCCGUGACCUUAGCCACGGCCAAGGCAGUAGGCGCGGGCAACUCUGGCAAGCAGGACGACGUGACUGCUGCAUCCAACCUGGCCAGGCAGGCCUUGUUUGCCAUGAUCGAUUGCUGCAGGGGAGCUGCCAGUGCAGCUGAAUCAGUGGAUCUGAGAGAGAGAACGCUGUACGUAGGCAGACAGUGUGCAGACUCCUACAGGGCCAUGUUGGAACAGGUCCAUGAGAACAUCCAGCGGCCCUCACCAGAUGGCAAGCAACGCCUGGGCCAGCACUCCAAGAGAGUGGCCCAGACCGUGGGCGAGCUGGUGCAAGCAGCAGAGGCACUCAAGGGAGCCGAUUGGGUGGAUCCGGAGGACCCCAACGUGAUUGCCGAGAACGAGCUCCUGAGUGCUGCCAACGCCAUCGAGGCAGCCGCCAAAAAAUUGGCUCAACUCCAGCCCCGAGGCCGAGCGAGGCAAGCGGAUGAAAGCCUGAACUUUGAGGAGCAGAUCUUGGAGGCAGCCAAGGCCAUCGCCAAUGCUACCAGCGCCCUGGUGAAGGCAGCCUCGGCCGCGCAGAGAGAACUGGUGCAGCAGGGAAUGGUUAUGGCCAACCCAGCACCCUACAGCGAGGACGGACAGUGGUCCAUGGGCCUCAUCUCGGCCGCCCGUAAGGUGGCCGCGGCUACCCAGGGUCUGUGUGAAGCGGCCAACGCCGUCGUGCAGGGCCACGCCUCCCAGGAACGAUUGAUCUCCUCGGCCAAGCAGGUGGCUAGCUCCACGGCUCAGCUGCUGGUGGCCUGUAAGGUCAAGGCGAGCACGUUCAGCGAGCCCAUGAGACGAUUACAGGCUGCUGGCAAUGCCGUCAAGCGCGCCUCGGACAGCCUGGUGGCAGCGGCCCAGCAGGCGGCCGAUCAAGAGGACGAGGUGGCCGGGGUGGACCUCAGCAACAAGAUGGUGGGCAACAUCCGCAUCGAGAUCGAGGCCCAGGCCGCCAUCUUGAAGAAAGAGAAAGAGCUGGAGGAGGCCCGCAAGAAACUGGAGCAGAUCCGACAGGCCAAAUACGCCAACAGACCCCCGGAAGACUCAGACUAAUCUCGGACUUAUCGUAACCCUUCAGCAGUUGUAUUACAUUGUAAUACAUUGUAUUUACGCCUUGACAAAUUAAUGAUGUUAUAGCAUGCUUGGCGGUUUUGGAUGGGAUAAAGAGUAAUUGGCAGGGCGCUUUGGGGACGGUACAAGGAGUAACGGGAGGGGGGGACAAGGGGGGGGGGGACACCAAAGUAAAGGAAAAAUGGACUGGGUCCAAUUUUUCAGAAUCAUCGUUCAAGUGUGUUAAUCAUCUAAUGUAGCAAACAGUGACUCUUCACUUUCAGUAAAAUAUUAAGUGGUAUGGAAAGUUGGGUCCCGAUAAUGUACUGUUUUCAAGUUUUGAAAUUCUAUCAAAAAAACUGAUAAAUGCAACGUGCAAGGCGUGCUUUCGGUCAGUUUUCCUGAAGACUGUUCCGUGUUUUAACAGUUAGAAAAUUAACGAUAUUAACCCUUACUUAAUGGGUUUACGAAGCCGUUAAAUUCAUUUACUCAGCAAGUGCUGCAUAUGCUCGCAAGGAAGUCUUCGCAACGAAAUGCGUAAUGCUCCGAAAUGGAAAAAAAACAGAAGGGAAAUUGUGAUAGAAAUUGUCUGGUGCUAAAUUACAAGAGGCAGAACGGGCCUUUUGCCAAUGUGUAAAUACUAUAAGUAAGCAUUUGUGUUGUUUUUUAAAACCAAUCCUCGAGCAAAAUUAUUACGAAGCUUAGCGUAUCCCUAAAGACAUGUUACAUCAGUAGUUAUGUGUAUAUAGUAUACAAAUAAUAAAAUUACAUAGUACAUGUAUUUUUGUUUCAAAGAUAACCAUAUUUUAUUCAAUACUUGGUUCGAUAUUACAAAGCUAUUAUUUUGUAGCGUACUAUUCUGUUUCUUAAAAAAGUUUGGUAAUAAUGAUCAUGUUUCUUGAUUUAGUGGGGUUAUUUUUUCAAAACAUUUACAGUGGUUAUGCUCUUUGACAGAUUUUUCACGUAAGAAAUAUUGACGUUAUCGUAGAUUGUCUUCUUUAGGAAAAAACAUUAAAUGUAACAAGCAUAUGUAGCCGUUAGUUUUGUUUUGAGAUCACGCGAAAACAGUUGAAGUUUCAAACUUUGAAAAAUGUAGGUAACCUGGGGGAAGUCUACCCAUUUUGAAAGAAGAAUGGAAUAAAUUUAACUAAAUUUGUUCAGAAUAAAUCAAGUUGAGGAUAACACCCUGAAUAAUACUAAUAUCAAUUUUUUCUCCAAUUCAAGUUUUGAAAAGUAGAUGUGCCUCUAGUCUUUUUUCAUAUCCUUUUCAUGAAGAAUCUUUACACUCCCUGGUUAAGGGAACGUUAAAGUAAUUUCCUUUAGGCGACCUAUAGUUUUCUUUCUCCUAUAUUUACUGGGGAACCGCUGGACAGCUCAGUUUGUAGAGCACCGGAACGGCAAUCCGGAGGUCGCAGGUUCAAACCCGGCUCCAGUCAAUUUCUUUGUUCAACUUUUAAAAAAUUUUCUUCACAAAUAACUGGAUAAAUUGUUAGUUUCUGAAAUCCACUGUAUUUGGUUGAUGUACGUCCAGUACUUGCAUGUGAGCAAAUUGAAUAUUGUUAAGUAACUUGAAGAAUUUUAACCAGGGACUAGUUACAGAAAACUGUCGACUUUAAGGUAAUUUACUUUCCUGUACGUUUUAGAAGGGAAAAAGUGAAUGCUGUCAAGAGUUUUGUAGUCAGGUUAGUGUGGGACUGAAUUUUAUUUAAUCAUAUAUGUUGAUAAAGCAAUAAUGGCAAUUUUAUGUAGUUUUUUGAGUUUUUGUUUAUAGGGUAGCUGUGAUAUGGAGCCAUGUUUUGGUCUGAUACCCUGAUAAGGCCAAGGCAAAGACCAUUAUGUGCAACAUCAUUAUGUUCAAAGCACCAGUCUAGUUAUGCAAGACAAAAAAAUGUAGUCUUAAAUUUGGGUCGGCGUACUCAUCUUUGCAAGCAUACAGCCAUUUUUAACUACACAUUAUCCAAUGCUGGACAAUUUGCUGCUAAUACUCAGAAAAUCUCUUGUCGUAAACCACACGAAUUUGCCCUGACUUAAGAUUGUGGAAUUUUUGCUAUACAUGACAAUGCGUGUAUUUAUAAUUGAGUGCGCAUAAAUGACUGCACCGCUCUUAAAUUACUAUAAAUUAGAAUUAUAUUUUUUCUAAAAAAAAACAACAUUUUAACCAAUGUAAUGCUUUUUCUAAACAUUUUUGAGGAUGCAGUGAAGGUUUCAGCAAAAUUGCGCAUUUUUUGUACUCGUCAUGAAAUCGAGUGCCUCUUUCUUAAAAAAAAAUGUGAAUUAAAUCUGCAAAAUUUCAGGGCCUUUUGUAUUUUGCAUGGGGUAAAAAAAGUAAUGGUAUUUGACUGUUUCACUGUUUUGAUUUUGUAUCAAAAUGUACUCGAGAUUGGACAUGUGGAACUAUAUUUGUCUGGUGUUUUGUUUUCGAAGAAGGUAAAAUUUAAACUGUAGAUUUACAUGGUGUCUGACAAGUGCAGAUGGAAGGUGCGUAUUUAGAGUCGGCUCAGUACUAAAAGUUCAUUUCUAUUUUACAUUUGUUGAGACAAAAGUUCUUGUUUCACAAAUAUAUUAAAAUAAUAUUAAAUUAAAGAGAUGGUUUUUAAAAAGUGCUUGAAACAAAUGCUCUUAUGAACAGACUUUUUUGGGGGUACUUUGGUUUUUAUUUAGGUUUUUUUUGGGGGGGGGGGGGCUAAAAACUUUAGUACUGAGUUGACGAAUUGCGCAGUUUGUACAAUAUGCUAGCACACCAUGUUUAAAAUGAAUACAUGUUGGAUGUACUGGUCCAAUUGUUUUUGUUUUUUUUAAGUUCUUCCAAUAUUUAUAGAAGUGAACAGCCAACAGAUCUGCUUGUUUUCCUAACUGUCGUCUGUAAAUAUCUUGCAUGCCAGUAUCGCAAAGUUUUUGCGAUGCUGUUUAUUAACUGUUUUAUAACAACUAGCAUGACUUUAACUACUAAUCAAUGACGGAUGGAUUCUGAACACUUGAAGUUAUUUCUCAACCUAGCAAGACUAACCAAACAAACUGAUACCUUGCCAUUGUAGGAACUGCAACUUUUGAUAAUAUGUACUCUUUUAGGACAUUGAUUGAAGACAAAAACAGAGGGAAUUAAUAAAGGCUUUUUUCCCCAGAAUGUAUAGAAA